GUCCAGCGUUUAACUCGCAUGACAUUUUUAUUUCGUUAUUAUCGUUUUCACGCAGAAUCUGGCGCCUCCGAUGGGUUGUCGGCUUGCUGCUUUUUUUUUUUUUUUUUUUCCUUCCCCGCUCCCUUCCUCUCCUCCCCCUCCCCCUCCCCUCCUAGCUUGCAGGAAAUGAUGGCAAACCGCGAUCUGAAAUGAUUACUCCGGAAAAAAAACCUUUUAUACCAGGAGAGCAUCCACGGGGCUAGGCAGAGGCAGGAGGCGGCCGCGGGGCAGCGGGGAGCCGAGGAGCCAGCCGCCGGCGGAGCCGGGACACCUCUUACACAGCUCUCUCCGACGAUGCCGGACGAAGCCACAGAAAACGCCGGCUCCACCUCCGCCCGCGUCUCGUCCUUCUUUAUCGAGGACCUGCUGGGCUCCGAGGGCACGGCGGGCGGCGGUGCGCGGCGGGAGACGGCGGGCAGCGGCGGGCGCGGGGGUCCGCGCUGCGGGCCGCGCUCACCGCUGCGUCUCGGCGCCCCGGGCUGCCCCCUCCGCGACGCCGCCGUCGGCUGGUACCGCCGAGCGCACGCCGCUUUCCUGGGCUGCACCAGCCCCGACACCAGCGACCGGGACUCGCCCGAGCUGCCCGAAGAGCCGGCGGAGCGGGCAGGCGGCGGCGGGCGGGCGGCGGCACGGGGACCGGCGAACGGGCGGCCGGGACCGGGAAGCCGUGAGGAAGAGGAGGAGCGCGGCGAGGAGCCGGGGGAGCCGGAGCAACGCGCCGCCGGCCGCAAGAAAAAGACGCGCACGGUGUUCAGCCGCAGCCAGGUAUUCCAGCUGGAGUCCACCUUCGACGUGAAGCGCUACCUGAGCAGCUCGGAGCGGGCCGGGCUGGCCGCCUCACUGCACCUCACCGAGACACAGGUGAAGAUCUGGUUCCAGAACCGCCGCAACAAGUGGAAGCGGCAGCUGGCCGCCGACCUGGAGGCGGCCAACCUGUCCCACGCCGCCCAAAGGAUAGUGCGGGUCCCCAUUUUGUACCACGAGAACUCGCCGGCGAGCGCCUUGGGCUUCAGCCUGCCCCCUCACGUGUCGCCGCCCUUGGUGGGCUUCUCCAGCGGCGUCAGCUAUCCCCUGGGCACCUUUCCUGCUGCCUCCCUCCCUUUCCUACGGUCGCAGAUGACAGGACUCGUCUGAGCGUCACACCUGUGCCGGGACUGUGGCACCCUCGCCCCCUCCCCCAGCUUCCAGCUCCACCCCCUUGCUCCUCGGACUUUUUAUUUCCAACUUACACGUUUCACUAUUUUCUGCUUUUUUUUUUUUUUUUUUUUUUUUUUUUUUUUUUUUUAACGUGCAAUAAACUUGCUUUUGGGGUUAACUCGGAGCGACGCGCAGCAGCCGGAGGGAACCGAAAGGUUGGCAAGGACCCCAGUCAUGAGCCGGGAGCGGGUCAGCGAGGCUCCCCCCGCCGCGCAUCCAAAGAAAAUGCGACCCCGUAGCAGCGGCAAAGGCCCCACCGCCGCCUCCGCCCCGGGGUGACACAGAGCGGCGUUUUCCGGGCAGCAGCAGUCCCCCAGGUCCCUUCCCCUUCUCCCUCCCGCAGAGCUGUCGAGCGUGGGACGAAUGUACGGAACCACUGGGGCAAGGGGCCCUUCCCGGCCCCGCCGCCCCCGCUCCACGGCAGGCGAAACCUUCGGGACCCCACUACGGACCAGGGACCUUUCCCGGCACCCCACUGCCCCAGGCCAGCGUUCCUGACGGGGAAACUUUCGUUUUCCCCACUGCUUUCCGCGCAGAGCGGAGGGCCCUGCGGAUCCCCGCCUCCAGCCGCUUCUCCAGGUUCCUUUGUUUUAGCCACUUAAUUCCUACAGAUUCCGCCCCCUCCAUUGUUACUCUCAUUUUCAUACGAUCGAUACCCAAGCAUGUGCUGAUGCCCCCUGGUCCUUCUCGAUGCAGGCUUUUUGAUUUGAAACAACUUGAAGGCAUAUUGUUGGAAUGAAUUCGUGCCGCUGAAGUCAGAGCUGUGAGGAUUUUGUUUCUUUGUUUUCAUUUUAUUUCCCUGACAAACUAUCGCCUAAAACACACGGUUAAUUAUACAUAUAUAUAUCAUUCAACGUGCUCUAUUUUACCAGUGGAUUUGCCACUUAUUUCAGUCCCCUGAGGAGGCUGAAGAAAACGCACCUCGGCUUGUCCGUCUCUUACGGGAUCGGUUUGUGUAAUCGAUUAAUAGUUCUCACUGGCAAUUAAAAAGGAAGGGAAAAAAAUCAGAUGGCAACAGACUGGGGAAUCGUAUGACGAGUUAUGCAAGCUAACCUGUAAUGUGAUAUUAUAUGAAGUAUUAUGCAUGCCAAGCUAUUUUUUUCCUUUAAUAACUGUUGAGUUUCCCACUGCUAAAAUGAAUAUCAGGUCCAUCAUUGUUUUUAAAGGUUUGAAUUUCUUUUUCCUAAUACUAAGGGGGUAAUGACUUUCUAAAACUCAGCCUUAGUGGAAGGUCAAGUUUUGAUCGUACGUUUUAGGGCAUAAUCAGAUGCAAUUGAACCGACCAACUCGGAAAACUCGGUUUUCCCGCAGGGAAAGCCGGAUCCUGGAUCUGUUGGGGUAUGUGCAUGCGGAUCAGUCCCCAGUGAAGGAAGAGCCAUCUAAUUUUUACUGUUUCUUACGCUUUGAAUAAUAUUUGGAACAAUCUCACGAUUUCUUGUUAUGAAAUCGAUUGGCGAGAUGCGGCGGAUACGAUGCAGCUUUGAUACGAAACCAGAGGAGAAGGGUCAGGGGUGGAUUAUAACCUCUCCAUCGCCUUUUUUUUUUUUUUUUCUUUUUCUUCUUUGGCCUGAAACACGGCUCUGGGCUCCAGCCUGCACGGUUGAAGUCAGGAAGCUGAAAGCCUCGAAAUCAGUUGAGAAUUAAUUAAAUAAAUACAUAUUCCGGGUUCCUGAGAAAAGUGCUAACUUGCGGGGAUGCUUGUUUCGAACUGAGUCCUGUUUCUGGGACCUUUUUUUCUCAGCUGCUCUUUGCAUAUCCGUCAAACACCUGGGUCUGGAGCGAAAACUUCUAAAGCCUGGUCCCAGAGCAGUGUAAGGACUGGGGAGCGGUGGGGUUGGGGUGUCGGUGCCGCUUCCCGGGACGGGACCUCCGGCCGCUAUGAAAGCGGCUGGGCUGGACUUCUGCCUUUUUGGGGCGAUAUUUCUCCCUCGAGGCGCAAACACUUGAUUUGAUACCGUUUAUUGCCUGGCUGCCCCUGCAAGAAAGUGGUCAGAGCGUUUCCCCCCUCCACUCUCCAGCUGCCCAGAUAUCCCAGUAUUACCUACUGGAGUAAAAUCCCGACUCACUACAGUCAUAUCAGAGUAGAUUGUAAUCCAACGCAAAAUUUAACACGCCUGUCACUCUCCACAUGCCUUUUAUUUGGAGUAACAUAUGAGAUUAUUAUACUUCUGAUUCUACUAAAUAUUCUUUUCUUGAAGUUAAGGAACUGGCAGGGCUAAAUGAUCAAUCGGAUUUUUAAAAUGUGUUUUGACAUUAGUUUGUUUGUUUGUUUUUUAAAGACGUGCUGAUUAUAUCAAUAAACAGAUUUUUUUCAUACACUGUAUUUGUAACUUAUGAUCAUAGUAAAAUAUUAAAAGGUGCAAGACGUGAAUUAAUCUAAGAAAAAAGUGCUUAAUUAUGCCUUAUUCUGUACAUGCAGGAAGUGCUUUAUAGUGGCUUAUUAAAAGUAUGUGCUGAAAGUA